UUGCCAGCCAAAAUGUUUCGUUGUAAGCUGCAAACUCUUUCAUUUAUAAAAGGGGCUCACCAGAGGUUUCUCACAUCACACCAGCCCUUAGUCCAAAGUAAACCUUAAAGGUAUUCAUUUUCAAGAGAAUUUCACCCUAAGCUUCCCACACUAACUCAAGCUCUAUACAAGAAAUUUCAAGGGAGAGCAAUAUGCAAUCCCAUAUAAUUAUCUUGUGCUUGUGGUUAGUGGUGAGUCCCUUAGGGAGAGGGGAUGCAGCACCAGACUAUGGACUGGCCUUAAGCAAGGCCAUCGUCUACUAUGAGGCUCAAAGAUCAGGCAAAUUACCCCCAUCCCAAAGGGCUCAGUGGCGAUCCGACUCGGCACUCGCCGACGGAAAGUUGAGUGGGAUAGACCUCACUGGGGGUUAUUAUGAUGCUGGUGACAAUGUAAAGUUCGGGUUCCCCAUGGCCUUCACCGUCACCAUGCUUGCAUGGAGUACGAUCCAGUUUUGGCAGCAACUGAGUCAGCACAAGGAGUUGGGCAAUGCCAUGAGCGCCAUCCGAUGGGGGACGGACUACUUCAUCAAGGCCCAUCCCCAACCCGAUGUAUUAUAUGGACAAGUAGGCGAGGGAGCCACAGACCACAUCUGCUGGCAAAGGCCCGAGGACAUGACCACACCGAGACCAGCGUUUAAAGUUGAUGAUUCGCACCCGGGAUCCGACCUUGCUGGAGAAACUGCCGCUGCGAUGGCCGCGGCCUCAGUGGUCUUCCAGCAGGCCGAUCCACGGUACAGUGCACUGCUCUUAGGCCAUGCUAAGCAGCUGUUCGAGUUCGGUCGUAACCACCUUGGGUACUAUCACGACAGCAUCCCCGACGCUAAGACUUUCUAUGAGAGCUCUUUAUAUGAAGAUGAUUUGCUAUGGGGUGCAGCAUGGCUUUAUGAAGCCACUGGUUAUGAGAUGUAUUUGGACUAUUUAAGCAAAGCUGGAAGCACAGGAGGUAUAAGGAAAUCCUUAGCAUGGGAUGACAAAUUCCCGGGGGUUCAAGCUCUAGUUUCAAAGCUCCUACUACAAGGGAAAAUAGGAGGACAGGGGAUAUGGGGCCAGUACCAGAGCAACUUGGAAGAGCUGUUGUGCAAUUACCUCCAAAAAGGCAACUUCAAUUUGCCAAGGACCCCUGCAGGAAUGCUUUGGUUCCAACCAUUCGAUAACCUCCAAGACGUCGUCUCCUCCUCUUUCCUCCUCACUGUUUAUUCUGAUUACUUGGCCACGGCAACGGGUGGGCCUAAGAUGCUCAGCUGCCACGCCGGCCAGGUUCAGCCACAAGAGCUUUUCUCCUUUGCCCGUUCUCAGGUGGAUUACAUUCUUGGCAACAAUCCAAUGUACACGAGUUACAUGGUAGGAUUUGGACCUAAGUUCCCAGGAAAGGUUCACCACAGGGGUGCCUCAAUUGUGUCAGUGAAGAAGGACCCAACACCUGUGGGUUGUCAACAGGGCUUUGUGGACUGGUUCAAUCGCGACGCCCCUAAUCCAAAUGUCAUCGAUGGUGCAAUAGUCGGAGGUCCAGACGAGAACGAUUGGUACGACGACACUAGGAACAGUGCCCCCCAUGCAGAGGCAUCAUCUUAUAACACUGCUCCUCUAGUCGGUGUUCUUGCCAAGCUAGCCUCAAUGUAAUGGACUUUCCUCACUUUUCAUAAGCCAAUUUGUGGUUCUUUUGUUGUUCAUUUAGUCUUUACUUUUAUUCUGCAAAGUAGACAAUUGUUGCCGGAUGUAUUCAUCUUCUCAAUUCUGUAAUUCAAAAUUCCACUGAAAAAAUAACCAGUCAAUGAAUGCAAGGAA